AAAAAAAACUUGUAGUGCCGUACCUCCUGAGUGAGGAUCGCUAUUGACAACUAAGGAAAAGAUGUUUAUUUACUGUUUAUCAUGAAGUUUGCGCUCUCCACACGUGUCUCAGUGGUCAAGGAUCCGACACAGAGUUGAAAUGGGAACCUUAGAGCUGGUGAAUGAGUAAGAGAAAGCUGAAUAAGCCUUGUAGUGGGAUAAUAUCGGCGUGUUUGGCAGGCGGAGGGGAUGGCCGAGCAGCAGCAGCAGGGAGGAGGGCAGCCCAGGCCAGGGACUCUCGGCAUGUCAGGGGCUGUUCCAGGUCGGCGAAGCAACCUCCGCUUGGCGUUUCCAGGUCAGGGAAGAUCCAAUAAUGACCGUCCACAGAACAACCUUGACUUCCCUGCCUCCGGAUACCCUGCGACACAGAUGUUUGCACCUCCACCACCACCACCUCCACCUCCGCCCAGAAACACAGCCCUGAGCUCAUCUGGUCGGCUGGGCGGUGCCUCUGGUUGCCCCUCUUCUGCUUUCGGUAGCUGCUCCACCUCUGCAGCGUCCACUAGCAGCACCGGCACCUCAGUCACAGCCACCCCAAACUCCCUCUCCCUGGGCGGCGUGGGGCCCCCCGGAGGCCAGCCAAACCUCCGCGAUCAGAAAAAGAAGCACUUGGUCCUGCACUUGCCUCCCCCACACAACCACCACCAUCACCACAACCACCACUCGCACGCUCAGCACCACCACCACCACCACCAUCACCACCACCAUCGCCACGUCCUCCACCACGAAGGCUUGAGGGACCGCGGGCACAAGAGUGCUAGGACCAUGACGACUGUUCCACCCCAGCCAAGGGACAGGAUUACUCGGGGGAUUUACCAGAGCAUCCAGUCAUCCGGCAAACUCAAAAUCUCACCUGAAUUGCAAGUCGAGUUCACAGCGGACGACCUUCGUGAUUUGGGGGAGAUUGGAAGAGGAGGUUUUGGCACUGUCAACAAAAUGGUGCAUCGCAAGAGUAACACAAUCAUGGCUGUUAAGCGAAUCCGUUCAACAGUUGAUGAGAAGGAACAGAAGCAACUCUUGAUGGAUUUAGAGGUAGUCAUGCGAAGCAACGACUGCCCUUGUAUUGUUCAAUUUUAUGGUGCCAUAUUCAAGGAGGGUGACUGUUGGAUAUGCAUGGAGCUUAUGGACACGUCACUUGACAAGUUCUAUAAAUUUAUAUAUGAACGUUUACAUGAACGUCUUCCAGAAAACAUGCUUGGAAAAAUAACUGUUGCAACACUAACAGCACUAAACUAUUUAAAGGAGAAGUUGAAAAUAAUCCAUCGUGACGUGAAGCCAUCUAACAUUUUAUUGGAUAAGCGCGGCAACAUCAAGCUCUGUGAUUUCGGCAUUUCUGGCCAGCUUGUGGAUUCCAUCGCCAAGACAAGGGAUGCUGGAUGUAGACCAUAUAUGGCACCGGAGCGUAUAGACCCAGCCAGAGCCCGGGGAUAUGACGUUCGCUCUGAUGUGUGGUCCCUGGGCAUCACCCUGAUGGAGCUGGCCACAGGGAGCUUCCCAUACCCCAAGUGGAAUUCUGUUUUCGAGCAGCUAACGCAAGUAGUGCAAGGAGAGCCACCCCGUCUUUCACCCAACGAGAAUGGCAACACUUUCUCCGAGGAGUUUGUUAGUUUUGUUAAUACAUGCUUAAUAAAAGAUGAGAGCUCACGACCCAAGUAUAAACAGCUCCUCGAGCACGAGUUCGUCGUGCGGUCGAGAGAGGACCCCAUGGACGUGACAGAGUUUGUUAGCGGCAUUCUGGACAAGAUGGCAAACAACGGACGUGUCAUGUAUACUUACGAUUCUUACAACUGCUGAUGAACUUACUGUCAUAGCACUUGUCUCAUCAUUUUUAACUCUGGGACUACGAGUGGAACAGACUUGCUCUGGGGCAAGUUAAAGCAGUGCAGCAUUUAUAUUUUAUAUGUAGGCUGAGUAAUACCAGCUUUGCAAAGAAAGAGAGUAAAAAGAAAUGUUUGGAGUUUAAAUGCCAGCUUUUAUAUGGCAUUUACAAGUGGCACUGUGUGGCAGCAAAAAUGGACUGGUUUACUGAUUGACUGUGAUGUGACACCCAGUGUAUGUAAAACAAAAGAAAAAGAUUUUUUUCUCAGUUAUGAGAGUUAUGUAGUAGUUUCUCAAAAAAAAAAAAAAAAAAAUGGGUGCAGAUAUGAGCCUUAUACAUAGGUAAGAAAAUGGGAUUACAUUGGGUUAUAAGAGGAGACUCGUGCAGGUAGUUGUGUUGUCGUCGCAGAGUAGUUGGCUGGAAUAGUUUUAGAAGCUGUUACAAAUAGCAUUUCUGAUGCAGAGUUCUCUACUGAAUAAGAGGAAUGGUCACCAAAAGAGGAACCAGCGGAAGUGACUUUUAAAAUCGGAGUUUGCCAUUACCACUGGUACAUUAUUGUAGUGAACCUGAUUGUUCCAUUUCUAAGAAUUAAAAAAAAAAAAAAGAAAAAAAGUAACAUAGACUCAAAUUAAUAGUAUCAUAACACUCAUUUAGGUUUUAAAAUAUUUAGAAAGAAGCCUAUUUUAGUGCCAUUGUUAUAUAGUGUGACUAUGAUUAAAAAUGAAAAAAAAUAUUUAUUUAUGAUAUAGGGUGUUGAAUUGAAGAUCCCUAGGGUGAUUAUAACAGAUUUUUUGGUAAGAAAGAGAACUCCUUCAAAUAGGCUUUGAUUGCUUGGCUGUGGUUCUUGGAGUGUUCCUAAAUGACAUUUGAAACUGCUUGCUUCGUGGUUGCAAAUCAAAAAUGCCCAGAUGGAGGUGUCAGCGCCACCUGGUGGGAGGGGAUGUAAGAAAGCUGCAGAAAGUUGCAAAACAGGAUACAUUCAUGUGGCUCUUCACAUGUGAUUGUUUGUUCACUACUUCAUAGUUUAAAAGUAUUCAGUGCCAUUAUCUAUGGUAUCAUCAAAAUGUGUAAAUAGAUAUACAUUUUUACAUUCCCAGUGAUAAAAAAAAACAAAACUUUUAAAUAUAACCUCGAGAAUAAAAUCUCUGUUGUUUUUCGACACUCGCAACAACCACCAGCACCCGAGCUCAGCGAUCAAAGUAAUUUUAGCAAAGUUCUGUGAUUCUGCCUGCGAGUUGCACCUCACUUGUAUGUAGUAAAGAGGGGGUCCUUGCCAUAGUAUUAUUUUGAAACCUUACAGUUCGAAACAGUUUUGUCCUUUUAUUGAAAGUUUAAUGUCUAUUUUUUCAUAAUGAAAGUAAAAAUGGGGUGACUUCUCUACAACAGCAAGACAUUUGAUUGCAGAUUGGGAAACUGUUAUGAAUUCAAGUAAGGUUUCUCUAUCUUUUGAGUGGUGCUUGGAAGUCAGCUUAGAGCUGCACUAGGAACUAAUCAUUGUUUCAUAGACUCAAUAUAUUGUAGCCCUUGAGGGUGAUGCAAUAAUUGUAAAUAGGCUAAAAACCAGUGUAAUUUCUUUUUGCAUCUUGGAAUGUUCACUUGUAUUCAAGGCAUAAAUGUACUUGUGCGACCCAAAGCUCCAUAUGUUGUGACUGUGAAGCAAUGAAACCAGCCUUCUCAUCGUCAGUACCUGAAGCUUAAAGACUUAUGGUGAAGAAUAUGUUAUCAGCUGAUGGUGGACAUUGACAAGAUAUACUCACAGGGAGACAGGACAGUUGGGUCACCUGAGUGUUUCCGCUAGAUUUGUUUUUCAUUACUUCUCUUCUCACCCCUCUCUUACACUUUCUGCACCACACAUGUCAUCCCUGUUUACACUGCCUUACUGCAACCUGCUUCAUCCUAACUUCAUGCUAUAUCACCCAGCCAUGCUAUAAUACCUUUAUAUUCUUGAGAGUAGUACAGCUGUAUUACUCAUCUAUUAUACACACAGCCAUGCUCCCUGCUUUCUGCUUCUUGAUUUUCUUCAUCACCCCACAAUGCUUUGCUAAUUCCCUCCCUUUCUCAUUACAUGCACCACAGCAGCACUUCCUAUAACUCCUUACAGCAGUAAACAGUACUUAACACAAACUCCAUCUUAGUGUAUUGCUCAUCAUAUCAUCCUCUACAAAGACAACAUAAACUUUUGUCAAAUGAACACUUUUCUUUUUAUAAUACAUACAGACACACACACACACAUACGCACACACACACACACAUACGCACACUAACACACACACACUGCUCCACCAAUGCUCACAUCUUGUCUGUUUGAGUAAAGCUUUUAAGAUUCAUCAUCAUAGUCCAUGUAGUAAAUACUAAUUCGGGGAAAUGACAAGUCCAGCGUAUGAUAGUUUUACUGAACAUAUUUCAUUAUUGUUCGGAUCCACUACAAUUUCGUUUUUGUUUUUGUUACCUUAUAAAGAGUAGAAUUUGCCAAUGUAAUUUGUUUUGGAGAUAUUGGAAUAUAUGUCUACACAUCAUUAGCCACUUCACCAACAAGAAACAUUGCUAGGAGUUAUUAUAAGUAACAAGCAAGCCACCACAAAAGGCCAUCAUCUUUUCCUAUUACCAAUGUACUGCCUCAUUCCUACCCACUGCAGAACUAUUUUCCAAGUUCCCUCUCUGUUGGCAGUUCCUUCAGUGCCUGAAUUCACCUAGAGAGUUAGUCUCACACAAAACUAUAUUCAUAGCUGUACACACACAAAUAUUUGUACUGUAUUUGUCAGUAUGUAGGAGGAAAUUUUUGGAAUACUUUUGCUUCCUUUGGAGAGACUUGUGCCUGUUUUCAUCUUAGACCCAAGUUGCUGGAUGUUGAAGUGGUAUGUUAGGAGAAUGGACUAUGUAUCUUACAUAUUUGCACUGACCUGACUUCAGUACAUUAAAUACCAGCUGACUAAAGAUUAAUGUUCCAUUUACUCACACACUAGUAUAUUUUUACAUAGGUAAUAAGAUCUAAAAGACAUGUGUUUAGUAUUUGCUGAAUUUAUUGUUUUUCUUAGGUAUGUCAGUGAUCCAGUUAAUGGUGCUUGGCAUAUUUCUCUUUUCUUCUCUCUUCUUCUCUCUUUAGUAUCCAGUUGUUUUUUAUAAAAGGCAUGCAUAAUGUGAUGCUGAUAAUCUGUGCACUGAAAAUCUAUUUAUCUGGUAUUUUCUCUCUCUCUCUCUCUCUCUCUCUCUCUCUCUCUCUCUCUCUCUCUCUCUCUCUCUCUCUCUCUCUCUCUCUCUCUCUCUCUCUCUCUUUCUCUCUUCUCCCUCCUCCCUCCUCCCUCCUCCCUCCCUCCCUCCCUCCCUCUCCCCACCCUCUCUCACUUCCUCAUUCCCUCCCUCCCUCUCCCCACCCUCGUUCCUUCCUUCCCUUUCCCCACCCACCUUCCCUCCCCCUCUCCUCUCCUCUCCUCUCCUCUCCUCUCCUCUCCUCUCCUCUCCUCUCCUCUCCUCUCCUCUCCUCUCCUCUCCUCUCCUCUCCUCUCCUCUCCUCUCCUCUCCUCUCCUCUCCUCUCCUCUCCUCUCCUCUCCUCUCCUCUCCUCUCCACCCCACCCCUCCCCUCCCCCUCCCCCUCUCCCUCCCCACAGCACUCUCCUAUGGAACACAGAUGUUUAAAAGGGAGUCUCAAGUAGGAGAGGAGCUAUGUAAUCAUGCAUACCAUCCUUAGAUUUGUGGAGUGGAGUUAGUGUUUAGGUUUACAGGGCAACUGAACUUCAUGUAAAAGGUCUUGUCUAGGACACUGAGGUGACUGAAAGCUGCUUGCUCGGUCUUCUUUGAGAUCGAAGAGGACAAAUAAGUGUUUUUUUUUAUGGUCAUCUCCUUUUUGUUAUAUUCAUUAUCUAUAAAUCAUUUUCAUUCAUUUAAUUAUAUCAUUUUUAGAUUUUUCCUUUGAUAUCAUAUAAAUGUCAAAUUAGUUAAUGGAGGUUGCAGAAUCAACUUACUUUCUAGUACUGUAUGGCUUCAGUUAAGAUCUUGUUCAGUAGCAUCAAAAUGCCUUAUAAGGUUUUGUGUGAUUUUUUUUUUUGCAUAUCAGUUAUGGACCAUGCAAAGGCUGUACUGUACAUUCACCUGUUCUCCUAUACUAAUGUAUGAGUUUCCAUCUGCACCACCUGCCUGCAUCCACUUGUGCACAUACACACAAAAACACACAUAUACAGAGGCACACAUUUAAAAACAGGCUGACACAGACAGGCACAAAAAUCUGCAUGCAUGCAGGCACAUAGACCUAACACAUAGGCAUACAGACCUAACACAUAGGCAUACAGACCUGUACACACACAGAGACUUAGUCACAUAUGCAUGUUCACAUCUACACAGAUAUGUAUGUGCAUACAGACAUGUUUGUUCACAUACACAUCGAAACUGAAUUACACACACACACAUACACAGAUAUAUAUUUCGGGUAUGUAAAAUUGUGAUAUCCAUAAACAGCAUAAAUGCUAAAGCAUUUUCUACUGCUGAUAAUCAUAACCAACACUGCAGCCUCAACAUACAACAUUUUUGGGAUUAGUCAAGUGAAGGUGUCCAAAGGUAGGAGGCAAUUCAUUUCAAAAGGCUAUGGUGUGGUAGUUUCAUUCUAGUAGAAGAUCUUGGAAGAUGUACGGAGCAGAUUAGGAUAACGGAACCCAGGAACUUCAGGUACGAAACAGAAGUCUCGUGAUUUGAUACAGAUAGCGGGCAUAGCCGUUUGUGAGAGACACUGAAAAUUUGAGGAUCUUCUUUGUUCACAAUUGGAUCAGUUUUUCCACGAAGAAGAUUUAUAGUAAUGCCAGUUUCUCCUUCCUUUUUUCCUUUCUUCUGCUUACUCCACCUUAUUUGCUAUGAUUUCCUUUGUUUUUUCCUCCUUUGUGGCCUUUAUGUUAUUAUCAAUAUUUUUAUUUGUAUUCUUAAUGUUAUUAAUACUUCAUGGUGAUAGUAUUGAUUUUCAAUAUUAUGAUCAUCAUCAAUGUAGCUUAACCAUCAAGAUUGGUUGUAGAUGUCAUUAACUUUUGUAAGAAAGAUGCUCACAAUAAUUGUUAUUAAUGUUAUAAUUAUUAUUACUAUUAUUACUAUUAUUAAUAUUAUUACUUCUACUACUAUCAUCAUUAUGAUCAGAUUUGUAGUUAUUAUGAUUAUUGGUAUGACAAUCAGUUGAUAAUUAUUAAAAAGAAUGUGUUUGGCUUUUACAACUGAAGUUAAUGUCAUCUUGAACUGGUACCUCUUGAUCAGCACUUGCGAUGUUCCAUCCUUCUCGUAAAAUAAUAUUGCGGGUUGUAUUACUCUUAAUAACACAGUAAAGUAGAUGAGUUAUACAAUAUUCACAUUAGGGUACUUGUGCUCUAACAUGUAUGAUGAAUACAGGACUUUGACUUGUCUUUCUGUUUUUGUGUUUAAAUGAUUUAGAAACUGAAUUUUCUUGUACAAUUUGUUAUAGUAAUGGAUAAUUUCCUUUUUAUGAUUUUCCAAAAAUCAUUUUAUAUUUCUGUGUUUUCUCUCUAAUUGAAAAGAGAGGAAAUGUACUUAGUGAAGCUUUUCUCUGGAAGGAGCACGUAAAGCAAGACUUUGUAGGACAACUGUAGAAACAGGUUUUUUUUGUCUGUUUUGUCUUUAGCUUGAAUUUUGUCCUUAGAAACAUUUUUGUGAUUUAUUUCUUUCAGUGAUUUUUUUUGUUUUGUUUUACAGUAAUGUUUGUAUAUAGUAUAUUCAUAUUGUUGCCCCAGUUUUACAACUUGCAUUUCCCACGACAGUUGGAAUGAGAAGAUGUGUGUACAGCGUGAUAGGGGAAGUAUACAGUUGCAGUUGUUGUUCCAGUAUCGCAAAAAAAUUAAAAUAAAAUAAAAAGCAAAAAAAGAUUUAAGAUAGUAAUAACAAAGUAGUAAGUAUAUCAAGUGAGAAAUAAGAGAACUUGACAAAGACUCACAUGAAAGGGAGUAUUGAGUUAACCAUGAAGGCUGAGUGUGUGUGCGCCACGGCCGGCACACUCUGCAUCAUUCGCAGAAAACAUCCUCGGGUCCUUUAAGUUCAAGGGGAGAAUCAGGACAGCAUUGCUUGGGUUUGAUUCAUUACUGUUAUAUCCACUUUAUUUUCCAUGAUGGUGUUAUGUACUUUAAAAGACAUUAUUUCAUAUUGUGUAUGUAUUAGGUUGAAAUAAUAAAUUAAGUAGGAAGGUUUAGAUAUGUUCUACUAUCCAUUACAUGUAUAUGUGAGAUAUGUUUUCUCUUUUCCCUGGACCUUUUUUUUCCUGGAAUUCCUUUUUCUCUUUAUCUUUUUUGUCUUUUUACUAGUUUUAGUUUUUAAGUACUUUGUAUUCUUUAAUGCCAAUGUUUUUAUCAAUUUUUUUUUUUUUUUUCUUUCUUUCUUUUUUUUGCCAUUCAGCAAAAAAAUAUGGGAUUGUGGAAAGACCUGCAAAGAUUAUUUGUAAAUAUAUAAUAUUUUGUGAAGCACUAAUUUGUUGAUCAUGGUACAAAGGGCGUGUUUCAGAGCCGAAUUUGUAUAGUGCGACUGGUGAGUGAGGUCAGCUGACUUACUACGGCCUCAUACACUCUUUGAGGUCAGUUGCUUCUGCCAGUCGGUCGGUGGAUAAGAGAGUUUGUGUGGUAACAUGGCAGAGGUCAAGUGCCACACAGUUCUCAUUGAAUAAGCACCACCCUUGUAUGAACUGACAUGGUUCAGUCGUUCAUUCUUGUUUUUUUUCUGGUAUCAUUGUUUUGAUUUGUACACAGCUGAUCUGGGCAUCACUAACAUUUUACAUGUAAGGUGUUUUUAGUUGAUGGUUUAUGAUUAUUCUAAUUAUUAUUAUUAUUAUUAUCAUUAAUUUUUAUUAUUAUUAUUAUUAUUAUAUUUCUUUUAACAUUGUGUGAAGACUAUUUAAUUCAAACUUUAGAUAGUUACUUAUUCACAUGCACUGUUUUAUGUGCAAUACGUCUUAAGUGAAAGGAGGGUAGCUUUUCAGAUAUAAUGUUAAUUGACCAAAAUCAUAUGGCAGUUCAUAGAUGAUUCAGCAUUUAAUUAGACUAGGUGAAGUUUCGUAGGCAUUCGUGCUGUGCAAUAAUAAUUUUUUUUAUAUAUAUAUAACUUUCAAGUCUUAAAAAAAAUAAAAAGUUGGUAGUGUGCAGUUAUAUCAGUCAGUAUUAAUAUGUCGCUGUACAUUAUUUGUUAAAUUAACUUAUGAAACUGAUUUCUGAUUGGAUUUUGUUACACAUGGAUAAUAAAUGAUGCAUAUAUAGAACCUAUUAGAAUAUUAGAAACUUGAAAAUCAUUAUGUACAAAUGUAGGGAAAUAAAUUUUCAAAUAUG